UAGAACUAUGUAUGACGUGUCGAUCUCUAGAUAACGGGUGAAGGUGAUUAACUGUCAGCUUAUUAUAACAGUAGUCGGAGAUAGUAGUCAUCACUAUUUUUGUAAACAAAUAGGUCAGUUCAAAACCAUCCAUGGUUGUGGCCGAAUAGCACAAUCGGGAGCUGUGACUGGUGGCAGUGGUAGUACAGAGAGCACCCUGAACGGGCUAUCACUGUUAGGAGCUUGAAGAAACCUAUAUCGAAAGUAGACCUACGCUCACCCACGGAUCUGUUCCAAGAAGCGUGUGUGAGGGCGUUGUGUACGUUCGUCUUGUCACGGACGCUUGAGUGUGGAUAUUGUGUUCAGAAUCAAGCAAUAUGGAGGCGACUAACCUACAAUUAUCGUUGGUGUAUUAUCCGAUUGGAAACACACGGUCAGUUGAUGUGACGCUUGGAUGUCAUGUUGGUAGGGAGUGUGACAUGCUGUUACUGGGGUGUGGUGACGUCAGGAACGUCCUGCAUACCAUGCACAUACUUCAGACAAGAGGGACCACAAAAUCAAAGGAUCAGAGAAUCAACAUCCACCUCAAUGACAUUGAAGACAGUAUCUUGGGGCGCGAUCUGAUUUUACUCUACCUCGCUGGAACAAUUGAUCCAAACAACUCUGAAGAUAUGAAGUUUCUGUGGGGAGUCUGGUUCGACGCCCUUUUGUCACAAGAACACCUGCAGAGGCUAAAGAAAGUGAUGAAGGAAGUGGCGUCAGUCCAGUCAGGCAAUAACGGGGUAUAUUUUGGAAAUUUGAAAAGUGAAGUUUCCAUCAAAAGGGCUCUUCUAGGGAUGGAGAAAGCUGACAUUAAUGGUAAACAAACGACAGAUACGAGAUUGGAAUACCUUGACACGACGUACAGAAGGGGUAUGCCAAUGGUAACCAGGGAUUGGAUAACAGGAACAUUGUUUAGUCCUAAAGUUGACUUACCACAGACAGCAGUAGACUGGAUGACAGCUGGAAUCAGUGCCCAUUGUGGUCGGCUUGAUAAAGUACCUCGGCUCAAGGACAGGUACCAUCAAGAGAUCCGGGACUUCAUUUCAACUGGGGUUACGAGGGUCAAUUCAAAGUCGCUGUCGUCUGAACAGAUGGUGGAUAGUUUCAAGGGCAAUAUUACGCUAUUGAGACCCGGGUGUAGUAUUUGGGAAGUCCCGGAUUCCUGCUGUCCAUUCUUUUGUUACGACUUUGACCUGGAACUUCACAGAUACGAUGGGCGUACGGUGACACUUGCCUCUCUCUGCUUGGAAAUACUGAAGAAGUGGGUGGAAAGUUUCCAGGCAGCAAUGAAAGAUGACUGUGCUAUCAAGAUCCAUAUGUGGCAUGGAGAGGCAACAGCAGUAUGUGAGACGGACCUCCCGGAAGAUCUCCGAUUUGACUUCAUCGACACGUCAAAUUUAGCAGAUAGAGUUGGUCUGAUCGCUGUACUGAGUUGUUCUCGCGACAGAUUGAAAUCGCCAAAUGGACUGCUAAGGACAGAGAGCUUUAACUACACGAGACUAGAGGGCUACAUUUCAGUAGAAAUCUUUCUCCGUGGCUGCAUUGAUGUGCCAGUUUUGAUGUAUCCAACGGUGUUUGGUUUGCACCUAGCAGAAGACAUCUCUCUUGGACAUGAGAAUCUCCUGCUAACUCAGUCUGCACACAAACGUUCAAAGUUGACUUUGAAAUGGAAAACAGCUCGGGAGCAGGAGAACCUGACAGCACUAACUCUUGCUGAAAACGCAUCAGAUGCAGUGUCUAAAGCACUGGAAAAAAUUGAAAAUUAUCAAGGUUUAGACAGUGGAGAUCCCUUAGUUGUUAAGAAGAUGUGUGUCAAAAGAGGAAAGGACAAGAUUCUGAAAAGGAUUCAGAAUAUUGCUAAAGACGCCAACUUGUUAACCCAUCCCCCAGACGCGAAAAAAAGGAGUACGGUGACUGAGUACACAGAUCAUUACCUUGUGACCAUCACAACAGACCCAGAAUGCCUGAAGGAAGGGACGUUCCGCACGGAUCCUGUUGAUGGAGACCCAUAUGUUGUAGAACUACAGAACAGUCAGAAUGGAUAUUCAAGCUUUAGUGAAACGCUAAGGCUUUCAUGCGGAAUUGCUUUAAACAGGAGCAACAUUAAGCUGUCAAGGAAGAGAGGGAGGAUUGAAGCUUGUCUUGUCAAGGAUGCUGAUGUGACCAUGGGUGAACGUGUUUUGCCCUGGAACAAGCUCAACACAAACUCUGUAGUUGAUCUGCCCAACUUUCCUCUCUCGAAAACCGGAAAAGAAACUUUAGAGACGUAUGUUGCAAGCAUGUGCCAGGUGUCUGCAGGGAAUCUUUCGCCCAUACAGCAGCUUAGAUUUCUUGUGGAGCGGAUCUUGAUAACAGUCCCGUUUUCAUCAGGGGUACCAACACACAUCACACUCAGAGCUCCAAGUCACUCACAUCCUGCCAAGAGAGCAAGCAACAUGCUUCGUUUGGAAGGUCUUAAGAUCCACGAGGACAGACCAACUCUAUUUUUGACGUUUUUCGAUUUUGCCAUAGCUGAGGAAUUGGUUACCCAAACGAAAAUAACGAAUGAAGAAAUCAUGCCUUGGGAAGACAUCAAGAAGACAUGUGUGGAAAUGGACCCAUCUUCUCAACGCCUUAGCGAGGGAUAUGCUUUGUUGAUGAGGAUUCUAGAAAUAAACUCCCACCGAAUGAUUCAAGAUCAGUCUGAGGACAGGAGAUGGAUUACGAGAACUAUCCUGAGAGGGAGGUAUCCCUACACGGACCUGCUUACUUUGAACUGUGCUGCAGACUUGGGCAAAAUGUUUAAUUCUCUGUGUGUUCCCGACAUAUGGACAUCAGGGCAAUUUUCCCCGGUCAGUGGAGCGAGUUCUGGUUCGUUAGCCGCCAGGCCUGGUGAAGUUUGUGACAGCUGUGGCAAGAUCUCAGAAAACUGUAAGAGAUGUUCCAAAUGUCACCUGGUGUUCUACUGUGGCAAAGCAUGUCAGAGGAAAGCCUGGAAAGUCCACAAGAAAGUCUGUAAAUCUGCCUAAACAUAUGCGCCUGCGUUGUUUUGUCUAGAGCUUCCCCUGGACAAACUAUGUUUGUAUAUGAUAUACUGCGAGUCAGGUUAGAAGUGGAGGGUCCUGCCUUCGUAUGAAAACGACUGCGUUUUAAAACAUACAGACACAAAGGUAUUUAUGUCAUACAUGUAGGCACAACAUUGAGAAAGUUAAGAAAGAACAGUUUUAACGUUCUAACGACAGUCUUGACUAUUUGUAGGGGGCCUACAACAAAUCCGGUGAACAAUGACUUUUCUUUAUGCAAAUUGGAAUUUUUUUAUUUUGUUGCAAUGAAUUAUUUUUAGAUAGGAUAAAAAUGUUGUAACGUCGAAUAUCCAAGCAUCAGCACAUAAAAUAUGGCAAACAGUUGACAAGCUCCUACCAUCACAUCGGGCUGGAGAAUGUUCCAUGUGUAUCUCAAACGGGGUAAUUCAACAAAUGAAUGAGAAUGAACAAACAUGUCAUCUCGGAAUAAUGCAUAAAUGUUCAAUUUGUUUGGUCGUCUACGAGUAUAAGCGCUAACAGUUCCUACUUUAUACGUGCUAUUAAUCAAUACCAAUAGGUAUAUCUAUGAAAUAGUGAAUGAUUGAAUAUUAUUUUACGAUGGUUACGAUGACAUCCAGCCGUGCGAUUACGACAGACUUUGGUACCAGGCAUCCUGUAUGGAAUCCCAGUACAGAGAGCCUAGUAAUUGACAUAUACAGUUUAUCCUACCUUGCAUAAAGGUACUCGUUUCGAUUGGUUACUGAAUUGGCAAUUUUCCCCAUGUACCACGCAGACAGAUAAGGUACAAAGUUCAUGUACGUAGCUGUGAAUGCCAAAUUUCUUACAAAUGUGAAUACAAUGACAUAAUACUAUUAUAUCAAACUGAACACCCGUGAAAUGCAGUUCAGAGAAAUUAAGCGAUCAUAUUCGAUUUUAAUACAAGGGUUAUAAAUCUGAAUGAAUUUGUGCCGCCUGCUAGCUAUCAAUAGUUAGCCAUACUGAUGAAGACAUGGGGGCUGCAAAAUAAAUUCGUUGUCAACCGGUCCCUCGGCGUAUAUAGACAGUGUUGCUGUACACUGUGAGCGAGGCUAUGUCCGCCUCGACUUCCGGCUCGGAGUACAUAAACUCGCACACACAUUUCAGCACACUAUGCAUCCCUCGCGUCCACAACUAAUACUAUACCAGAACAUUACAUAGGUAUUGAUACUCCAUUGUGAUCCAAAUCAUUAUUUUGCAAACGAAUCUGCUAAAGGAACAUUGAAAUGUAUUCAGUUAGGAAUAUAAAUAAAAUGUUUACAUUCAAAUUGCAUUACACACUGUAAAGCAGGAAGUUGAAUUGUGUGUAGUUGAUUUUUUUGUCAGUCAAGUUUUAGAUGAUCAUCUGGAUAUCCAGUUGAUAGUAAAAUGUUUUAAUGGUAUGGCGGAAGGCCUGGAUCCUAAGAAUAGUUUAGAACGUUCUGGAGGCCCAAAUUGUGUAUACAAACAAUGAUGCUAAUUUCACUUUCAAGACUUGCUUUAAAUAUUUGAAGAACAGGUGAAACACAUUUAAUAAAAAUGAGUGUAUGUCAAAUCAAACAAAUAUCACCAUGAAUAAUACACGUAUGCAAAUAGACGUCUUUUAUACAGAAAGCACGCUUUCCAGUGAACUGACGAUUAAUGAUACCAGUAUGUGCCUUCACAGUGUGGACCCCAUACUGGAACUUUAAUUUCUGUUUGAGUAACCAAUUGUUAUUUUCCAUUUUUGUAUUUUGGUCAAUAAAGUCAGUAAUAACGAUUUCA